AUGGUAAAUCCGGGGAUGUUACUGGUAGCUCUUCUAAUGGAUAAGUGUCCUAUCUUGAGUUGGAAUAUAAGGGGGUUGAACAAGGUGAAUAAACAAAUUUCAGUCCAAGAAAUGCUUAGGAAGAAUAAGAUUGGUAUUAGUGGCUUACUGGAAACUAAACUUCGAGGUAAUAAAAUAGAUGAGUUUAUGGGACAUCGAUUUCCUAAUUGGGACUAUUUUUCCAGCCCAAAUACUGAAGGAAGACUGUUAAUUCUUUGGCGGAAGGGAAUAGCUAAGGUGAGUAUAUUGGAAGACUCUUCUCAGCUGGUUCACUGUCAGGUUAAGUUGAUUGGUCUCCAGAAUAUUUUCUAUGUUACGUUCGUGUAUGGAUUUAAUUCAGUUGAAAGUAGGAGGAGCCUUUGGUAUAAUCUAGCUCGCAUUUCUCUUACUAUUAAGGCUUGGCCGGUUCUUGGGGAUUUUAAUGCCCCUUUUUCAGGGGAUGAUAGGUCUGGUGGCUGCUCUAUAUCUAGUGUUGAAUUGGUUGAUCCUAUAGGCUGGAAAACUAAUGCUAAAAUGGAAGCUAUCAAAAGUACGGGUUCUUAUUUUACUUGGACAAACAACCAAGAAGGAUUAGCUAGGAUCUUCUCCAAAAAUGAUCAUGCUCUCAUUAAUGAAGAGUGGCUGGAUUAUUUUCCGAACUGUUUGGCUGUGUUCAAUUGGGACGUGGUGUCGGAUCAUUGCUCUUGUAUAGUUUCUAUCAUUCCUUUGGAGACUAUUGGAACAAAACUAUUCAGAUUUUAUAACUUUUGGGCUAGUCACCCUGAGUUUAUUCAAGUGGUGUUGAAUAGUUGGAGAGUCCCCGUUCAUGCUGCUGGGUUGAAGGCGAUUUUUUCCAGACUUAUUCGUCUGAAGCACAGGCUUAGGCAGCUUAAUAGGGACAGGUUUGGUGAUAUUGGUUCUAGCUACCAUUCGGCUAUGGAAGCUUUUCAAGCUGCCCAACUUCAGGCUCAAGAAAAGCCUCAAGACCUUCAUUUGCAGGAGGUUGUCAAAUUAAGAGCUGCUGAGUUUCAUUACCAAGAAAAUAUUUAUCAUAGUUUUCUUGUCCAGCGUAGCAAAAUAAAUUGGAUCAGGCAGGGUGAUAUUAAUUCCUCAUUUUUUCAUGCGUUCCUGAAGAAGAGGAAAGCUGAGAAUUCCAUUACUUCUUAUAUUAAUGAUCAUGGAGUUUUGAUAGAUGACUUUAAGGAGGUGGUUAGCCACUUUGUUGAUCAUUUUCAGAGCCAUUUGGGCAGUUCCAGUAUGGCCUCAGGAUUAGUGGAUCAAAGGUGUAUGGUCUUAGGCUCUAAGCUUUCUAUAGAGGAGCAACUUUAUCUCUUAAAGCCUUUCUCAGUCAAGGAAAUAAAAGCAACUUUGUUUAGUAUUCCUAGCUCUAAUAUCGCCUGGUCCAGACGGGUAUGGGUCUGGUUUUUUCAAAUCAGUGUGGAAGCAUAUAGGUCAGGACAUCUGCGCUGUAAUCACUCAUGGCUUCACCACAGACUAGUUUCCUCAAGAGCUGCACGAAACCUCCCUGUCCCUGAUACCUAA